AUUCACAUUUUUUUUCAUACGGAAAUGGUACGACCGGACACAGGAUUUAUUCUAGAUAAUCAAUUUACGUAGAUCACAUUGUGCGUCACGUGAAGUUGUUUACAUCUUGAAAAUUGUGAAAAUUUAUCUAGUUGGAAAGAUUAAAAGCGAACAAUAUAAAGAUCAUUAUGACGUCACACAGUGCUGGGAAGAUGGCGUUGAUUCUCAUAGGGUUUCUGUGGUACGCGGUUACAUUAGUUAUUUCCUACAUGUCCUCUAACAACGCCAUUGAUAUUGGAAUAUUCGAAAACAAAACUGGCGAUAUCUCGGACAAAUUUUACCUGACCAUCACUCCAGCUGGAUGGACAUUCGGACUGAUAUGGGCAAUUAUAUACACUUACCAGCUAGUAUGGUAUGUGUACGCCUUGACCACCAUCUGCAGACGAGAUAACGAGGGGAACUACUUGUACACACUGCCAUAUUUACCGUCUGCAUUUUACAUAGUGUUCAUGGUCAACAAUGUAGUUCUUGUUGCAUGGCUGGUGUUAUGGGAUAGGCAAUGGGUCCAAUGGUCACUGCUGGAUAUUAUUUUUGCACCGGCUACUCUAUACGUAUGUCUGUUCAUCUCUUAUAAAUACCUGUACGACAAUAUCGAGGUCCUAAAACGUAGAGGUGCAGGCAAGGAAUUAUGGUUCGUGCGCGUAUUGAUACAUAAUGGUAUGUCUUUCUUCGCCACGUGGGUAUCCAUAGCAACGCUGCUAAAUUUCGGUAUAGUUUUAACAUACAUUUGGUCAGUUGAAUUGCAGUUGUCCUCAACCAUCGUCCUUGCCAUCUUAUCGGCCGAAAUUGUCACCUACUUUGUCAUUGAUACAUGCUUUAUUGAUAAGUACAUCCGCUAUACAGUUACUCCGUAUAUUGUCCUGGUUGUCGCCCUUACCGGAAGUAUAACCAAGAAUUUUGACCUUGACACCAACAACCGCAACUCGAUAUUCACUGUGGUAAUGUUGGCAGUGAGCAGUUUGUUGUUACUGACGAAACUAAUCCUUGUCGUCAGACGACACAGAAGGUUUCCGAUUGAAGGAAAUGUCAAUGAUGACGUCAAGGGAACAUUAGCUUAGAUUAUUGUAAUUUGUAUACGACUAUUCUGUCAAUGUGACCAGAUUUAUUUACAAAACGGCAUUAUAUAGAUUGUAUGUUUUUCUUUUGUUUUGUUUUUUCUCAUUGGUAAUAUUUUCAUGGGCAUUUUUUUAAUUUGAGAAGGGUCUUUUAAAUGUAUUGAAAGACCCAAAUUAAUUUAUGAGUUAUGACUAGCUCUUUCUCCAUUUAACUGAAUUAUGUUGAUAUUUUCAAGGGUAUUAUCCGAGAAGUCAAUCCGGAUGUACGGGUAAACAUUUUAUUCCGUUACAUGUAUGAUAUUUGUAGUAUUAUAUUUUUACAAUGUAUAGUCAUGAUGAAGUAGUAUUUAACAGAAUAAAGGAAUCUCGUUCACCUGUUCUAAUUAUUUAUCAUUAUUUAGAAUCUACCUCAGUUUACAAUUAUGAAGUUCAAGGUGCUAAAAUUACGACAGCUUUUUUUACAAUUUUUUAUAAGUUUUUAUAUUUGUAUAUAUUUGUACAUAAUUUAAUUGUGUUAAUUAAGCAUUUCUACAUGUAUGUGCAUUUUAUUUGACAUUGUCGGUAUGCAUAUUAUAAACAGUUUUCUUACACUAUUGAUAAUGUCGAUAUAGAAUUUAGUUUUGAAAUUUGAUGAACAAAAACCAUAGCAUCAUGCAACCGUUUCAUUAUUUUUUCCUUUCUAAAUUAAAAAAAAACCUGCUGAAUUUGUGUAAUGGAUUUGAUUAGCCUUGAAUUUUGAGCAGUGCAUAUUUCCAAAAAUUAUAAUAUUAUAUUAAGCUACCAACAGUAUAGAGCGUGGUCAGACUACAUGGAUGUGACGACUGCCCUGGCUCUAUAUACUGGCGACAAAGACUAAUCUUUCUAUAACAGUAGGUAAGAAGUAAAUUAAUACAUGUUUGCCUGAAGGAACACUGCCGUAUGAGAACAGACCAGGUCGAACUGACAGCAUGCCGCAUUGACCUUCUGGUUAACCUGUUAAGUUUUCACUUCAUAAUUUCUCAAAAUAGCAUAAUAAAUAAUCAUUUACAAAUUUAAAAUGCUGAACUCAAUAAUUAAAACCGGGAAAAUGGUUUGACUAUUUAUGAUAAAUUUAAGCUGAACAUGUAACAUGCGUUUACUUAAAGAGUAAUUUAAUAUACAGUAGCUUGUGUUAUGCAAAGACGUUUCAAUUCUAGUAAUCACUAACACUAUAAUUUACAUAUUUUUAGUAAAACGAUAAAAAAAAUAAUAAUCGAGGUUAAUUUCGCAAGAUAUUUGAUAAAAAAAUACCGAAAUGACUUUAUAUUUGUGUGUGUUGAUAAUGAAAAAGAUAGGCCACCUGUAUAAAGUUUGAUGGUUUCAUAAAAAACUUUCAAUGAAUAUUGUUUAUGUGUGAUCACCCGGUAUGAUGAAACAAGGAACAAUUUUUUUGUAUAUGUGUAGUACACAUUUAGUAAUUCACUCUGUUUUGUUAUUGUUACAUUAUUUACAUUAUUAAUUGUAAUUAGGGUAUACAUAUAUUUAGGUUUUUUUUGUUAUUUUUGUUCUAUUGAAAAAAAAUAUUGUAAAUAUUUUGUAGUUCUUUUUGUGCCUGUCAUGUUUACAGUAUACACCUUUGUAUAUGAUUGUUUCUGAAUGAUUCCUGUACAAAUGUUAAGGUAUUUUCAAUCAGUAUUUUCAAUUUCACUAGUCAGUCCUUCACAGGAGGGGUUGAAACAGUCAGCAUGAAAAGUUGAUGUUGCAUUUCCAUUUGAUUUGUUUUGUGAUUCUGGUCAGUUUAUUGUAUUUAUAUUUUCUGAAUUUUCAUACAUAACUACAUUGUUUUACCGAGUAAUUUAUUACGAAAAUAGGUAUUGUUUAAGCCUUUUCUUUUAUGAUAUGUUCUGACAUAGUGUCACUACUCGGGCAUAUUUUACUGAUUUUCAUGGUUGUUCAGGUGACCUAGUGGUUAGCAGGUCUACCUUCCAACCCAGGGAUCGUAGGUCUGAACACUUCUAGUGUCAUGAUCGUAUUUCAUCCUAUGUAAGGGAACGGACUCGAUCUAUUUUCAAGUUUGCUUAAUUUGCAAAGGAACUAAAAUAAAUGUUUUAACAAAAUAUAUUGUUUGACGUUUGUUGAUGAAAAGGCAUGAUUGUAAAAUCAAAUUGAUCGUUUAUUAAUAUAAUUCUCGUAAUAAAAGAUCUGUGUUCAAUUACGUAAUGUAGAACAAACAUGUAGCUAUUAUAUAUUUAUAUAUUUAUAUUAUUAAAAGUUUACGCCGUCA